AUGACAGGUCCUUCAGAUGAUUCAGCAAACAGCAUGCCACACUCUCCUCGAACAAAGGGCAUUAUACAGCAUUUUGAGCGACAAAUAAGGAUACAAGUAGAAGGACUUGACGACGACAUCCAAACAACAAAUGAGCGCCUGGGACAGCUUGAGAGCACCCAGAUUGCAACAGGUGCAACACUCAAUGAGAUGAAGACUGCUCAGACCACCACCAACAAUAAUUUGGCCAAUAUCAUGACACAACUUCAGGAUCUGUCCCAACAGUUUGCUAAUAUUGUACAGAACCAAGCUGCUCAUAAUGAGAUUGACGAACAGGGCAAUGUUGAUUACGCCGGUGACACCGAGCAUGAAGAGUUUCCCAAUAACAUCAAUGCUCAGGAUCUUCAUUGUCGGCGUGCAAAUCAGCAAGGCACUACAGCUGCAUCGUCCUCCCAUUCGGCUGCACCAUCUCCAUCAAACAACAAACAACACAACGUGACUUCAGCACCACUUCCACAAGCUCCUGCAGCAGCCAAAGCUGCACUCAGCGGUUUGACACAAAGUGCUUUAGUUGCUUCUACCAGACGUACCAAAGAUGUCCAGUGCCAUCGCUGCAAGGGCUAUGGACACGUCAUACGUGACUAUCCAAAGAAGCGAGUUCUUAUUAUACGUGAGGAUGGUGGGUAUUCUUCAGCUAGUGAUCUGGAUGUUGAAACAUAUGCCAUGCUUGCCACUGACAUUGCAGGACAAGAAGAUACAUUUGAUCACAAAGAAUAUGUUGCUGCCUCUGAUGCUAAUAAGUAUUUGAGCAUUGUAGUCCAACGUGUACUCAGUACUCAGAUUGCGAAAGCGGAACAAAAUCAGCGCCAUAACUUGUUUCAAACCGAAGGUGUCGUUAAGGAGCGUUCAAUUCGCAUCAUCAUAGAUGGCGGGAGCUGCAACAACUUGGCAAGUACAGAAAUGGUGAAAAAGCUUAAUCUUCCUACUCGACCACAUCCCCAUCCCUACCACAUUCAGUGGCUCAACCAAAGUGGUCGACCUUGGCAAUAUGAUACUGAUUGUGAACAUCACGGUCGAACUAAUCAAUAUUCACUCAUCUUUAAUGGCAAGAAAAUUGUGUUGCAUCCAAUGACUCCUGAACAAAUUGUUAAAGAUGAACUUGCUAGGGCCAGUAGAGAGAAAAAUCAAAAGCAUGCUCCAAGUGAAAAUCAGGACUACUCCGACAUUUUUCCAAAGGACGUAACAACAGGUCUCCCACCUCUCUGCGGCAUUGAACAUCAGAUUGACCUGAUUCCGGGAGCCUCUUUACCCAACCGUGCACCAUAUCACAAUGAGGCAAAAGAAAUUCAGCGCCAAGUGCAAGAGCUACUUGAUAAAGGCAAAUCUUUGGAGGAACAUCUUGAUCAUUUACGUGCUGUUUUUGAUGUUUUGCGUAAUGAUGGUUUAUUUGGUAAUUUGGAGAAGUGCAGCUUUUGCACAGACCGAAUAUCAUUUCUUGGCUAUGUUGUUAUAGCACAGGGUAUCGAAGUGGACCACGUCAAGAUUGAAGCAAUUCAGAGUUGGCCGAUUCCUACCACGGUCACGCAAGUCAGGAGCUUCCUUAGGCUUGCUGGAUUCUAUCGUAGAUUUGUUCGCGAUUUCAGCACCAUCGCUGCCCCAUUGAAUGAGCUCAUGAAGAAAGGUGUUCCCUUCUCUUGGGGUCCAAUGCAAGAUGAGGCUUUCACGAUUUUGAAAGAUAAGUUGACUCAUGCACCUUUGCUUCAGCUUCCUAAUUUCACUAAAAUGUUUGAGCUAGAAUGUGAUGCUAGUGGAAUUGGGCAUGGUAAAUGGGUGGAAUACAUUGAAUCUUCUCCUUAUGUCAUCAAACACAAGAAAGGGAAAGAAAAUGUCAUUGAUGAUGCUUUGUCUCGCCGAUACACUAUGCUCCCUCAGCUUGAUUUUAAGAUUUUUGGGCUGAAAACUCUGAAGGAGCAAUAUGCACUCGAUCCUGAUUUCCAUAACGAAGCGCAUGGAGGUGGACUCAUGGGACAUUUCGGCGUCAAGAAGACUGAGGACAUUCUUGCUGAUCAUUUCUUUUGGCCAUAG